AUGCUCCGGCUCGGCGGCACGAUGUGCGGCUUCUCGGCCCUGAUCUCGGUGCUUCUUGCGGGACUCGCGGCGGCGUCUUCUUCUUCUUCUUCUUCUUCGGACCUGUUUGACAACCAACUGGGCGACAUCAAUUACUGCAAAAAGCAAUGCCAGCUCACCAUCAAAAACAAAAGCCCCGCUAAAGACUCCAUAAUGAACGCCUGUCACCGCGGCUGUCGCCUCUACUCCAUCUGCCAGUUCGUCAAUGGCAACGCCGGCUUCAAUACCAGCAGGGAGGAGUGUCAGGGAGCCUGCCAGGAGGCAUAUAUUAAGCUUCUGGAGCAGGAGGCCUGCUGCACCGGCUGUGCCAGCCAGCCCUCUGAACCUGAGAUCAAGAGGAGGAAGCUCAGGGCCAUGACUCUCCGCCCUAAGCCCCCCUCCGUGAUGGAGGCCGUGUCCAGUUGGUGCAACGACAUUGUCAGCUCUGCCCAGAGCUUCAUCUCCUCCACCUGGACCUUCUACCUGCAGGCUGAUGAUGGCAAGGUUGUGGUGUUUCAGAGCCAACCAGAGAUGGAGUACUCUCUGCCCGAGCUGCAGGCUCCUCGGUCCAACGUGGCGGACAAACCCUGGCCUCAGGUCCACUCUCACACCCAGAGACCACAUGGUGUGAGGGGACAUGGUGAGAGGGCAGCAUCCAAAGCAGGAGGCAAAGGGAAGCACCCUGUCCAGCACACAGACGACCCCACAGCUGAGCACGAUUUCCUGGGCUGCAUGUCAAGGCGUUCAGGCCUCCCCCGGUGGAUUUUGGCGGCGUGUCUCUUCCUGUCCAUCAUGGUCAUGUUGUGGCUCAGCUGUGCCAGCCUCGUCACCGCACCAGAGCAGCACAUCAAGACGCAGCUGAGUAUCAACGGAGACAAAGAGUUUCUGGAUAACGCCCACAAAGUCAACCCGUACCACCUGAGUCCUGUGAUCGCUGUCACCAUGAAACAAUCGGAGGAGAGCCAGGAGGCGGGGCCGCUGCCGGUUAAGGUUGACCUCAACAAAACCUGUGUUUAGAAAAAGGACCAAUGGGAGAGCUGCAGUCUUGUUUCCCAGGGUAACCAUGUAUGAAAUCCGUGGCCGGUCGGUGCAAGGGGGUAAAACAAACACAUUACGGGGACUUAACCAGUCACCAGAAUUUUUU